GAUUUUCGGUAGUUUCUGGUGCCUAGCUUAAAAUAUUACAAAAUUUUUCCCAUUUUUCCGAUUUUAAAAUGGAUACUGGUAUUAGCAAAUUAUUGAGGCGAGAUUAUGACACUGAGCCAGAAUGGACGGCACGAGGAAUGCUCCCGGAUUCGGGACCCAAUUGUACACCGCCAGCCAUUAUGGACUUUCCGAAUUUCAUGCGGGAAAAGUCAAUAUUAUAUACAUGCAUUUGCAUAGUUUGUACACUGUAUUUCUUUGUCAUGUUGGCUAUAGUCUGCGAUGAUUAUCUGGUGACUUCUAUGGAACGUCUUUGCUAUACAUUACGUAUGCCAUACGAUGUGGCAGGCGCUACAUUUUUAGCGGCAGCCACAUCGGCGCCGGAGCUUUUUGUUUCACUUAUUAGCACAUUUAUAACCAAAGGUGACCUUGGUAUUGGCACUAUUGUGGGCUCGUCGGUGUUCAACGUUUUAGCGAUUGCCGCUGUCUGUGGACUGCUAUCGCCGGCAGCAACUUUGGAUUGGUGGCCAAUUUCACGUGAUACCUUGUGGUAUUUAAUAGCGAUCGCUGUACUCUUUGUCUUUGUCUUUGAUUCGCAUAUCAAACUCUAUGAAGCAGGGAUCAUGUUCGGCUUGUACUUUGUCUAUCUCGUCUUAUUGAUAUUCGAUCGUAAGAUUCAAAAAAAGAUACGCAAAAUCGAGCUCGAAUUAGAUAUUAUGGAUGAGGAUCCCUUGGUGCGUGAGGAGGAUCCAAUUAAAUCGUUUCGCGAACAUAUCUGUGACUUUCCUACAAAGGAGGACCAUUGGUGCAAGAAAAUUUGGUUCUAUAUCAAAUAUCCCGCCGAAGUGCUGCUGGCGAUAACUACACCCAGUGCACGUUGGAUAUUCUUUUUGACACUAUUUGUGGCAGUGCUAUGGAUAAGUGUUAUAUCCUACAUGGUAGCCUGGUUUCUGACAAUUGUGGGCUAUAACUUUGGAAUACCCGAUUCCAUCAUGGGCCUUACAGUACUAGCAAUUGGUACCAGCGUGCCAGAGGUUUGUUCCUCGUAUAUUGUGUCUAACAAAGGCUACGGUUCCAUGGCCAUGUGUAAUGCUAUUGGCUCAAAUACGUUUGACAUAUUCGUUUGCCUGGGACUGCCAUGGAUCAUUUCGAUCUUAAUUUAUAAACAGGACGUAGUUAUCAAUUCGAGUGGCUUGGCUGUGACGACGGGAAUGCUUGUGUUAACCGCUCUGCUCUUGUAUAUCUUAUUUUUGAUUACCAAAUUUGUGCUUGGAAAAUUUAUUGGGGCUGCAACCUUAAUCGGCUAUAUUAUCUUCCUGGCGGUAUCUUGUACACUCGAAAUAAUUUGGUUGAAACCAAUGUGUGAUGAAUAACAAAAUCUGAUGUUGAAAUUUUCUGCAAAAUUUUAAAUUACUAU